ACGUUCAGAUGGAACACCAGAAGAAAGGUCACAUUCACUCAUUUCAACGUGGGAAUGCCAGACAGACACCAAGGAUGUGUUGCCAUGACAACUGGGGCUAUGGCCGGAUUAUGGGAUGUUAUCAGCUGCAGCAGCAAGGAGAAAUAUAUCUGCAAGAAAGGGGCCGAGGGUGCACAGGUGACAACGGUUCCGCCCACCACGCCCACCCUGAACUGUGAGUCUGGCUGGACCCCUGCGGCGACCAGGAACGUGUGCUACAAGACUUACAAAAAAGAUUUGGGAGACCGGAAGACUUGGCAUGAAGCACUUGCCUUUUGCAAGUCCAUUGGUGGGGACCUGAUGAGCAUCCACAGUGCGCAGGACCUAGAAAAUGCACAGUUGUCCUUUUCUGAAGCGUUUUGGAUUGGCUUCAACAGCCUGGAUACCAGUCAGGGUUUUGUCUGGACUGAUGGUUCCGCUAAUGACUAUGAGGACUGGAUUUAUGGAGAACCAAACAAUGCCAAUGAAAAUGAACACUGUGCAGAACUCCUGAUCUACUACACAAAGCGUUGGAACGACGUGGACUGUGAGACCACCAAGAACUGGAUCUGCCAGAUAAGCAAAGGUGUGACGCCCAAACCUGAGCCUGUUGUCCUAACACCAGUAUACAACAAGACAGAAGACGGCUGGAUCAUCUUCAAUGACACGCAGUACUUCGUCAACGCCGAGAGCCUGUCGAUGGAGGCUGCCCGGGCGUACUGCAAAAAAAACUUUGGCGACCUCGCAGUCAUCACGGCAGAGAGCGAGAGGAAGUUCAUCUGGAGAGAGAUAAGAAAAGGCCCAGAUGACCAGUACUUCAUUGGCAUGAUAGUGAAUUUGGAUAAAUCAUUCAGCUGGAUGGACAACACUCCUGUCACUUUCACCGCGUGGGAAAGAAAUGAGCCCAACUUUGCCAACAACGAUGAAAACUGUGUGUCUAUGUACCAGAGCACGGGGCGCUGGAAUGAUCUCAACUGUGGCCACGAGUCGCCCUCUGUUUGCAAAAGAAGCAGCAAUUUUAUUAACGCAACGAUGGCCCCCACUACUGUUCCUCAGGGAGGAUGUGCACCAGAGUGGGUUGCGUUCCAAGGAAAGUGCUACAAAUUUGUUGUGGGGAAUAAAAACCAGGACUGGCAGAGCGCCAGGACGUCCUGCAUAAACCAGGGAGGAAAUCUGGUUUCUAUAACCAAUACCAGAGAGCAAGCUUUCCUGACAUCACAGUUGAUAAAAUACGAUGAAGACGUCUGGAUCGGCAUGAACGACAUCAGCUGGGAGAUGCACUUUGUGUGGACGGACGGAAAAGGCAUUACAUUCACCAACUGGGCCAAGAGACACCCAACGUCGAUGCCUGACUCCGCCAGCCGCUAUGAUGAUGAGCUGUAUGACUGUGUGAUCAUGGUGGGUAGCAUCCCCAAACAAAAAGGACUUUGGAAAGUGGACAACUGCCACGCCAAAAAAGGCUUCAUCUGUAAAAGAAAUAUCGACCCUCAGAUCGUAGUCCCGCCCACCACCGUGUCGCAGAAGGCUUUCAGCAAGUUUGGCAACGACUCCUACAAACUGGUGACCCAGAAGAUGAGAUGGGACGAAGCGAGGAGACAGUGCCAAGCGGACGAUGCAGAUAUGGCCAGUGUGCUGAACCCCGUCACUCAGGCCUACGUCAGCUUGCAGAUGGACAAACACACUGAGCCUGUGUGGAUCGGCCUCAACAGCAACGUGACCGGCGGUCGCUACAAGUGGGUGGAUAACUGGAUGCUGUCGUACACACAGUGGGGCACAGAUGAGCCUAAACACAAUUACGGCUGUGUGUAUAUUGACGUGGAUAGAAAGUGGAAGACUGCACCCUGCACCAACACCUACUACUCUCUCUGCAAGAGGUCACAAGACAUCCCUCCCACCGAUCCCCCGCAGCUUCCUGGCAACUGUCCGGAAACAAAGAAGCGUAGGACCUGGAUACCUUUCAGAGGCCACUGCUAUUCAUUCCUCGGCUCGGUUCUGGACAACUGGGCCCAUGCCUCGGUCGAAUGCUUAAAAAUGGGUGCGUCCCUGGUGAGUAUAGAGGACCCUCAAGAGGGUCUGUUCAUACAACAGAAUCUAGAGCUUCUGCACGAUGUCGCCAAAUCCUUCUGGACGGGCCUGUAUAAGACGCACGAAGGUGAGUGGAUGUGGAUCGACAACAGCGUCGUGGACUACACCAACUGGAAAGAGGGGACGCAGAAGUCAGAGUCGUGUGUGGACAUAAAUUCUGAGAGUGGAAAGUGGAGCACAAGCAGCUGCAGCAGAUACAAGUCUUACAUCUGCAAAAUACCAAAAAUUAUUCCCCCGACAGAAAAGCCUCAACCUGUUGCACACGUCAUAAAUGAGGCGUCGCACAGUUCUGCUGGUAUCACUGUGGCUUUUGUGAUAGUUGUGAUCGCCAUCGGCGGACUUGGGGCCUUCCUGCUCUUCCGUAAACGGAUACCCAUGCCCGCCAUCGGACAAUUCAACUUUGACAACAAUUUAUAUUUCAACAACCCCAUCCGAGCGGCUGUGGACACCAAGGGUCUGGUGGACAACAUAGAACAAAAUGAACACGCGUAGACGGACACGGGAUCAGUGGUAAACAGCAUGGUGGAGCAGAUGUGAUUUUUCCUGGGAACUGAAUCAAAAUAAUUGCCAAAUAUGGCGCUGCACUAAGCAAAUUACAGUGAAGAAAUAUAAAAAAAAAAACAUGAUUCAUGAAAUGUGUACAGAUUUACCAAUCAACAUAACUAUGAACAUUUGCAUUUACUGCAGGCUUCUUCUUUUUUUCAACUGUUUGUUAUUUUUUAUCCAUGAGCUGUUUGUCAAACUACAUUGUUGUAAAUAGAUUCUCAACAAUAAUAAUAAUAAAACAAGAAAGACAUACACACACCUAAA